UAGGAUGAGCUUAACGUAACGGAACGUAACGGAACGCAACGGGACGUGAAGUGACGUGAAGUAAACUUAACGUUAAAGUAUAUCUGUCUAAUUACGAUCGCCAUAACGUGCCGUUAAAAAAAACAGCGUGCAUUUUGACAGCGUUAUUAUUCUUGUUGUCAUUCUCGUUGGUAGUUUCUAUCAAAAUGAAUUCUGCUGUGAGAAAUUAUCAAAUUUUUAAUUUAAUUUCGAUCGGAUAUUUUUACCUUCAACGGCGGAAGAGAAAACGAGUACGAACCAUUGGUGUGAGAGAGAUUUUUCGAAGAAGAAUCCAGUUUGGUGACGGACAUAAUCUGUUAGAAGAACUCCGUUUUAAUGAUCCGCACUUUUUUUUUAUUUAUACAAGAAUGAAUGUUGAAAGAUUCGAGUAUCUCUUGAGUUUAAUUGGUCCACUGUUAAAGAAACGAAAAAUGUACACUACUCUUUUACCCUCUCAGAGACUUGCCAUAACAUUAAGGUUCUUGGCAGCAGGAGACAGUCAGGGUACUCUGAGCUUUUCCUAUAGAUGUGGCAAGAGCACUAUCUCUCAGAUCCUGGCUGAAACUACUCGAGCACUUGUAAGUGUUUUGAAGAAUGCAUUUGUAAAGCCUCCUGCAAAUGAAGCGGAGUGGCGUGAGGUGGCUGCUGGAUUUUGGGAAGAAUGGCAGUUUCCCCAUUGUGUGGGAGCCAUCGAUGGGAAGCACAUUCAAAUGCAGGCCCCACAAGCUUCUCAAAGUAUUUACUUUAAUUACAAGAAAACAUUUAGCAUAGUUCUAUUGGCAGUUUGUGAUGCAUACUACAAUUUCAUCAUGCUCGAUGUAGGAGCAGAAGGCUCACAAAGUGAUGGCGGAAUUUUUCAAUCGUCUGAAAUGGGUCGGCGAUUGAAUGAUGGAUCUAUUAAUUUGCCAAAUUCGAGUAACCUACCAGAAACUGAUAUUGAUAUGCCUUACUUCCUUGUAGGAGAUGCAGCUUUCCCUCUGAAAUCUUACCUAAUGAAACCCUAUGGCGAACGUAACAUAUCUCAUGACAAGUCUGUGUAUAACUUUAGGUUGAGCAGAGCAAGAAGAGUGAUUGAAAAUGCCUUUGGCAUUUUAGCAGCUCGUUGGAGAGUUUUUCGUCGCCCUAUUAUUAGUAAAGAAGACAAUGUGGAAAGCAUUAUUGAAUGUACUAUUUGCCUCCACAAUUUCAUCCUUAAGACAGGCAACAAGAAACUCAACCUGGAGUACUGCCCUCCUUCGUUUGUGGAUCAAGAAUUGCCAACUGGCGAAUUGAUAGAAGGAGAAUGGCAUGAUGUUGUCAGUGGGGAAAAUGGAGCCAUCAUUAAUGGUCCACGGAUGGGUGCAAGAAAUGCUGCUCUAGGAAUUUUAAAACAGAGAGAUGCACUGAAGGAAUUCGUGAAUGGGCCUGGGGUUAUGCGCCAUCAAGACACUAUUGUGAGGAUCCGGCAAGGAAUUAUCCCCCCUCAAGAUCUACACUUACUGCCAUGAGUUUUUUUUUUAAUUAAAUAAAUCUUAAUACAAAACAUGAAUAAA